UCGACAAGUUGGUGAGCAUCCUGGAGCUGCGAUGUCUGACAACACACAGGUCAGUGUGCGGCGGGUGUUCGGGGACCUGACAAACGUCCUCGGCAAGCGGCCAGCGCCAUCUGACCUGGAGAAGAACCCAGGCGGAGCCAAGAUCAGCCGGGUCGAGAAGGCCGUCGACCCUAGGAGAGAGCCUGAAACUGCAAAGGCCAGCGGCGGGGCGUCAGGGAACAUCGUCGAAGUACCGGUGGAUGGCGUCGGCAAAGGGGAUCUCGCGAGGGCUUCGAUCUUCCGCGGGGCUAAGGUCCAGCACAUGGCUGCGCAGGCAGCUGGGCUGCUGUCCAAGGCGGAUGGUGGCGCGAGGAAUCGUUCUGCGCCCUUGGAUUUCUCCAGUGUCAAUGACAGGGAGGAGUCCUCGCUGGAGUCAGAGGGUGGCUGCGAAGAGGAAGAUGACGAUGACACCGAUAGCGAGUUGCUGCCGUAUGCCAGCGAGAUCAGUAAAAUUGGAACUAAUGAUAGGGCGAACGAGGGUGAGUGUCUCACUCAAGAGGAGAUGGCUGUAUCAUCGGGAAAUCAGAACCCACGGUCUUCAUCUCGUGUUACAGCUCGUGAUGACAUUCCAUGUGCUAAUGCCCAGCAUCCUCCAAUGGGGGCUGGCGGCUUGGAUGAACCGUGUGCCACAAAGUCGUGCACAUGCUCUUUCUGCCUUAAGGCUGCUUUUAUGUGGACUGAUCUCCAUUAUCAGGAUGCAAGAAGUCGGCUUGGUGCAUUGAAGAAGAGCAUAAAGUUUGCAAGGUCGCUAGAGGCAAAAAGGCAAGGAAAUGAAUUUCCUUUCAAUGCAGGCGGAUACUCAAAAAGAGCUGCAGAGAUGGGAUUCAUACUAUCUCAGCAACAGAGAUCACUCUUUCUUCAUACAGAAAAUGCCCUUGUCCGUGAGUCUGCACAGCUUCAUUCAGCUGUUGUGAAGUUGAAGGACUUGAGAGACAACUGCAAGACAGACCUGAAGAUUUGAUCAUCAAUUCUUUGUUGGGAAAACAAGCCCUUCAUGGUUGUGCUGCUGAACUUGUCGCCCUGAGAUGUAGUAGGAUAAGCUGGAUCUGUUUGAAUUAAGGUGUGUAUGGUGUCUGGUUUCAACUAGGAAAUUAGGGGCUUGUCAGUUAAGAAGUUUGGCCGUAGUGCUUACUCCUAUCUAGAGACAUUGACCAGCAGCUUAGGCUCUAAAGAUCAUCGGAGGAGAUGCUUUUGUAAAAAUCUUAAUUGGCAGUAGUUCAGUUGGGAACUGUAGGUUUCUGACAGGAGUCCUCUCUGUAGUUCCUGCUCCCCAAAGAUCCAAACAUGAAGGGAAAUAAUGUCGUUCGACUAGUUUUUGACGCUUGCUGUUGGUCUUACCACCAUUUCGUGCUGCAUCCUGUGAGAAUUGAAUAUUUUUUGAUUCUUCUGAUGUUGCUGUC